AUGAAUAUAGCACAAUGGAUUUAUAAGUUUUUCAAAGAUAUUGAUAAAUAUAUAGCAAAGGCAAAGGAUGUGGAAAGCAUUGACAUAUCAGAUGGACUUCCCUCAGCAUGUACAUCUUUUUCUAGAAAUUGGGAAUCCAAGUUAAAAAUUAAUGGGACCGCAGAAAAUAUAUGUGUUAAGUGUAUUAAACUAUAUGAUUCAUUAGAUUAUAUUAAUAAAACUUUACCAACGGAUACUAAUUAUAAAAAAGAUUGUGAAUUUUUAAACGUCUGGCUAAAUUUGAAAUUGUACAAUAAUGUGAUUAAUGAAACUGAUUGUGUGUCUAUGUUUUACGAUGAAUUAGAGGCUCAUUGUGCAGGAGAUUGUCUAGGUUCGUUAUCAGACUUUCAAAUGUACAAUAUCAAAAAUGAUGACCUUGAUAAAAUGAAGAUACUAUAUAAUUUACAUUAUAAACGAAGUGAAAUUCGUGAUUUAAUAGAUACCGCAUCAAAUAAAGAUGCAAAAUUACUACUAGAACCCUCUACUUUAUGUUUUAAUGAAUAUAGAAUAGCCGCAUCUAAGUGCAAUAAUAAGGAUAGUAAAUUUUGUAAGUUAUUGGAAAAUUUUAAAAAUGAGUAUGAAAAACUUUAUCCUGUAGUAGAAACAAAAAGCCCAGAAUUUUUAAAAAAUUUUAAAAGAUUAUCAGGGGACGAAAAUAAUAAAAUUAUAUCAACCGCAGUUACGGGAUCAAUUGUUGGAUUAAUUCCCUUAGUUGGGAUUUUAUAUAAGUAUACCCCAAUGGGACAACUGCUUAAGCCUAAUAAAGGAAAAGUAAUGGAUGGGCAAAUAUAUAAUGGUAAAGACAUGAGAAAUAUAUCAUUAAUGGACCAGGAAAAUGAACCGUCAACAUUUCAGCAAGGGACAUAUAAUAUUAAAUAUCAGUCUGCCUGA